AUGUCCUCAAGUACAGAAAUCAAGGCUUUUGCAGAUAAAUACGGCAUUAAGAAUGUCAAUUUGAUCAGAACCGGUGCCCUAGUCAACGGGGAAUGGGUUUACAACACUGAUGAUGUCUUCUCUGUUACUGACCCAGGUACAGGCGAUCAUUUGUUACAUGUAUCCAACACCAAGAUCGAAGUGAUUGAACAGGGUAUCAAGGAUGCACAGACAGCAUUUGAGAGCUACCUCUCCAAAUCUACAGGAAGAGAGAGAGGUAGAAUUUUGAGAAAGUUCUACGAUUUGAUGCUUGAGAAUUUCAAUGACUUGGCGAUUCUUUGUACUAUUGAAAAUGGCAAAUCUUUAACCGACUCCAAGGGUGAGAUCACCUAUGCUUCGAGUUUCUUUGAAUGGUUUGCCGAAGAGGCUCCUAGAAUUUACGCUGACAAUAUUCCUUCUGCAGCGUCAAACAAAAGAAUCAUCACUUCUAAACAGCCAAUUGGUGUUGUGGGUAUUCUAACUCCUUGGAAUUUCCCUGCUGCCAUGAUUACCAGAAAAUUAGGAGCUGCAUUUGCUGCAGGUUGUUCCACCGUCAUCAAACCAGCAACUGAAACACCACUAUCUGCAUUGGCAUUGGGCUAUUUAGCAGAAGAGGCGGGCUUCCCUAAGGGUAUGCUGUCCAUGUUCCCAGUUGACCAAAAGAGAACAAUCCAAGUCGGUAAACUUUUUUGCGAGUCUCCCAUCGUCAAGAAGAUUUCAUUUACAGGCUCAACAGGCGUUGGUAAACUAUUAAUGCAGCAAUCUUCCUCUACUUUAAAGAAGUUGUCAUUUGAGCUUGGUGGUAACGCUCCAUUUAUUGUUUUCGAAGAUGCUGAUGUUGAUGCGGCAGUCCAGGGCGCUAUUGGUUGUAAGCUAAGACAGUCAGGUCAAACUUGUAUUUGUGCAAAUAGACUCUACAUUCACGAAGAAGUUUAUGAAGAAUUUGCAGCUAAGUUCGUUGCCGAAGUCUCUAAGACGGUCCUAGGCCACGGUUUGGAACCGGAUACUACACAUGGUCCAUUGAUUCAUGAGAGAGCAGUUGCUAAAGUCCAAGAACACAUCCAAGAUGCUGUCAGUAAGGGUGCAAAAGUUUUAUAUGGUGGUAACAGAGCUUCACAUCUUGGUGAAAAUUUCCAUGAGUUGACCGUCCUAGGUGAUGUUCCAAAGAGCGCUAGAGUUAACAAGGAGGAAACUUUUGGUCCUGUCGUACCAUUGAUUAGGUUCUCAUCUGAGGAGGAAGUUUUACAAUUGGCAAAUGAUACUGAAUACGGUUUAGCAGGUUACUUCUUCUCAAGAGAUUAUGCUAGAAUCUUCAGAUUUGGCGAAAAGCUACAAUGCGGUAUGGUUGGGGCAAACACCGGUGCUCUUGGUGAAGCCGCACUGCCAUUUGGUGGUAUCGGAUGGUCUGGUUUCGGUAGAGAAGGAUCAAAGUAUGGUAUUGACGACUAUACUGUUCUUAAAUCUAUCGUUAUCGGUGGAAUCUAA